AUGCUAUCAUCAAUGAUCAUCAUCUUCCUUUCAUCAUUAUGCUUCGGAAAAGAAAUCUCCAAAGCCCGUCACGUCGAAGCAGGCCCCAUCAUAAAUGACUUCCUGUGGUCUUCUUUCACCGAGAAAACAGGUCUUGAUCCACUCGACUACCUAUCUCCCCCUUCUGACGACACAUCCGAGACAAUCGCCUGCACUGAGACUCCCGGUCCCGACAGACUCGCUUGCCCAGGCGCCAUAGCCACAUGGUUCACCUUGGUCGACGGAGAGCAGCAUAUCAACAUAACUUCUGGCCAAUGCCGCUCAGUCAUAGACGGGACAUGCAGAACCGUUGCAUGUGCCCCGAGAGGAAACAUCAGCGUUGACCGUGAGGAGGUUACGGGACACAUGUGGUAUCCUCUGACAAUGCGAUGUGUGCUUAGUGGAAGUGGGGGAAUAUGGCAAAACAACGGAUCGACAUUGGUUGUUGAGAUGGGAUACGCGGGUGAAGAGUAA